AUGAACAACAUGAACGAAACAUUUUCUGUUAACGGAGUGUCUUCAGUGAAUCUGUCCGUAGAAUCACGUUUUGAAGAUUUGCUAAAUCAUGAACCGUUUGUACCGCAUCGUUUGAUUGAAAAUAAAUGGAACAAACUGCUAGAUAUCAUCGGAGAUAAUCCCGACAACCUGUACGUGUGGUACUUGAUGCUGUACUCGUACGGUCUGUUCUGGAUCCUAGGAGGUCUAUUCGUGUUGAUGGAUUUGACGAAUUGGCCUCGGUACAUGCGCAAAUACAAAACCCAACCCGGUACGAACGAACCACUCGAUUGGCAACGCUGCAAGCAGCUCAUCCGAACAGUUGCCUACAAUCAGCUGGUGUAUGGUGUUCCGACGACAUACUGUUCGUAUCACGCGCGCAAACUUAUCACAGAUGUCCUACCGGACGUGCGCGUUCUCCCCACACUGGACAUAGUCCUGCGCGACAUGGUGGUGUGCAUCAUCGCCUGGGAAGUCGGCUUCUACUAUACGCAUCGCCUGCUGCACUCCAGCUUCCUGUACAAGCAUAUACACAAGAAGCACCACGAGUGGAAAGCUCCAGUCGCUUGGUCGGCCAUGUACGCGCAUCCGUUCGAGUUCGUCGUCAGUGAUCUGCUGCCGGUGUACCUGGGACCAGCCAUUAUGAAGUGCCACGUGUUCACACUCGCCCUUUGGCUCACUUUUGUAAUGUGGGACACGCUGGGGGAUCAUUCCGGUUACCAUCUACCGUUUCUAGGAAGCUCGGAAUCACACGAUUUCCACCAUAUGACUUUCAACCAAUGUUAUGGAAACUAUGGAUGGUGCGAUCGGCUGCAUGGAACAAAUAGUGAAUUCCGGCGCAAGAAACAGUAUCAGCGACACUACCGAAUUUUUAGCCUAAAAUCCGCAAGAGAGCUUGUUCCAACAAAAUAA